AUGUUACACGAUUCUCUAUCUCUAAUAACAGCAACUAAACCUGUCGGCGAGGUGUUCUUACUGGUCGGCACUGGAUCAUCUACUUGCUCUGCAGGUUUUACAAAUUCGAGAAUAAAGAAGUUGCUAGGUCUCGGUGUAAUCCCGGUGGUGGUUAAUCCAUCAACUCCAAAUCAUGUUAAAACAAUUUUAAAAGAAUUCGAGCCCAACCAGGUGGAGCUCAUCGAAAAAGAAUUUACAUUAUCAUAUUUGACUACGUUGGGACGUCAAAUCACGGGUAAAGUUGUCGAUAGAGUAAUUGUCAAUUUGCCAUACAAUCAAGGAGAUACAGUUAAAGACAUAUACGAUCAAUGUAUCAAGCUAAGAAUACCUAUUAAUACCUACCAACAGCCAGAAUACUCUACUUUUAGUAUGAUUCCAACUUACAAUGAUUCCGGUAACAGCGGAUUGCAAAUUUCUGUAACCACUAAUGGUAAAGGUUAUAUUCUUGACGACAGAAUAAGAAGGGAAAUUGUGAAUAAAUUACCCUCGAAUAUUUCGGAGAUUGUGAAGAAUAUGGGACAUUUAAGAGACCAGCUGAUAGCUCAGAACAAUUUAGACUUAUUCACAAAUAAGUUCAAACAAACGGACUUAUUGAGAAAAAAUUUGGGAUUUGGCUUAGAUUGUGAUAACUGGGAAAGUCAUAAAUUUAAUGAAUUAAUAAAAGAUUUUGAAACCACAAAAGAAAAUCAACAGUUUGAAAGAACAAGAUGGCUCUCUCAGAUCAUCGAAUAUUUUCCAUUUUCUGACUUAUCUCAAAUAAAGUUGAGUGACCUGCAGGGAAACUCGUUAUUAAAGAGUGUUUCUAUUGAUGGGCCAACUGAUUACCAACAGAAACUACCAUUACGUAAGACAGGAUCCAUAUCGCUGGUUGGAACAGGUCCAGGUUCUGUAUCGAUGCUGACAUUAGGCGCAUUGAAAGAAAUUAAAACGGCUGAUAUAAUAUUGUCUGAUAAACUGGUUCCACAGCAAAUUUUAGACCUGGUCCCAAGCGAUACAGAGCUUUUUAUUGCCAGAAAAUUUCCAGGAAAUGCAGAAAGAGCCCAGACGGAAUUAUUGGAAUUGGGUUUGCAUGCCUUGAAAAAUGGGAAGAAGGUUGUUCGUUUGAAACAAGGUGAUCCAUAUAUAUUCGGUCGUGGUGGUGAAGAGCAUCAAUAUUUUCAUGCAAAUGGCUUUAAACCAACUGUCCUUCCAGGCAUAUCUUCUCCUUUAGCCUCGACAGUUACUGCGGAUAUUCCAGCGACGCAGCGUAACGUUAGUGACCAGGUUUUGAUUUGCACGGGUACGUCUAAGGACGGCGGUGUUCCAAACGUCCCUGAAUAUGUCAGUACGCGGACUACAAUAUUUUUAAUGGCAUUGCAUAGGGUAAAAAUUUUGAAAGAAGCAUUGAUAAAAGCAAAUUGGAGCCCUAAUAUCAAGGUAGCUAUAGUUGAAAGAGUAUCAUGCCCUGAUCAAAGAAUAACAACUACCCUACUCAAAUAUUUGCCAUCUGUCGUUGAGGAGAUUGGUUCAAGGCCUCCAGGUCUUCUCGUAAUUGGUCCAAGUGUCGGAAUAUUAUCGAAGGAUCCGGUUGCUUUGGAAUUCAAUGAUUCCUGCAAAUACCAUAUGAAAGAGGGUUAUCAACUUUGUGAAGUUGAGCUUGAUGAGCUUUUAGUGAAUAGUAAUAUCAAUUCCAUUUUAUAG